AUGUCCAAGACCGAGCAAAAGGCCUGCCUCAUCGUCAUUGACGGAUGGGGUAUCCCCUCCGAAGAGUCUCCCAAAGAUGGCGACGCCAUCGCCGCGGCCGAGACGCCUGUCAUGGACGAGCUUUCCAACAAUGCCGAGGGUUUCACUGAGCUAGAAGCCUCCUCUCUGGCAGUCGGUUUGCCUGAGGGUCUCAUGGGCAACUCCGAAGUCGGCCACCUAAACAUUGGAGCCGGCCGUGUUGUCUGGCAGGACGUUGUCCGCAUAGAUCAGACCAUUAAGAAGGACGAGCUGAAUGACAAUGAAGUUAUAAAGAAGACUUUCGAGAGUGCUGCUGCAGGCAACGGCCGUCUGCAUCUUUGCGGUCUCGUUUCUCAUGGUGGUGUGCACUCCAAGCAAGAACAUUUGUAUGCUCUCUUGAGAGCUGCCAAGAAAUACCAAGUUCCUAAGGUCUUUAUUCACUUCUUCGGUGACGGCCGUGAUACCGACCCCAAGUCGGGCGCUGGUUACAUGCAGGAGCUCGUCGACUAUCUGAAGGAGGUUGGUGUUGGCCAGAUUGCUACAGUUGUUGGCCGAUACUUUGCCAUGGAUCGUGAUAAGCGAUGGGAGCGUGUCGAGAUUGCGUUGAAGGGCAUGUGCCACGGAGAAGGCGAGGCUAGCGAUGACCCAGUUGCCACUGUCAAGGCUCGAUAUGAGCGUAAUGGCGACAAGGACAGAGAUGAGUUCCUGACGCCCAUCAUUGUUGGUGGUGAUGAGGGAAGAAUCAAGGAUGACGACACCGUCUUCUUCUUCAACUACCGAUCCGACCGUGCUCGACAAAUUACUCAGCUCCUCGGUGACGUUGACCGAUCGGUUCUGGAGGACUUCAAGUACCCUAAGCUCAGCAAGCUGGUCACUAUGACUACCUACAAGACCGACUAUCCCUUCGAAGUUGCCUUUGAGCCCCAGCGCAUGGGCAACGUCCUAGCCGAGUGGCUAGGCAAGCAAAACGUGGAGCAGGUUCACGUUGCUGAGACAGAGAAAUACGCUCACGUCACCUUCUUUUUCAACGGUGGUGUUGAGAAGGUGUUCCCUCUGGAGACUCGUGACCAGGACCAGGAUCUUGUCCCUUCCAACAAGUCAGUGGCUACGUACGACUUGGCCCCAGAGAUGUCUGCAGAUGGCGUUGCCGACCAGGUUGUCAAGCGAUUGGGUGAACAGAAGUUCCUAUUUGUCAUGAACAACUUUGCUCCCCCCGACAUGGUUGGCCACACUGGUGUCUACGAAGCCGCCAUUGUCGGCUGUGCGGCCACUGACAAGGCUAUUGGCAAGAUCCUUGAGGGCUGCAAGAAGGAGGGCUACAUUCUCUUCAUCACUGCUGACCAUGGCAACGCUGAGGAGAUGAAGUUUGCUGAUGGAAAGCCCAAGACGAGCCAUACCACCAACAAGGUGCCAUUUAUUAUGGCAAAUGCGCCGGAGGGCUGGAGCUUGAAGAAGCAGGGUGGCGUCCUAGGAGACGUUGCCCCAACUAUCCUUGCUGCCAUGGGUCUCCCUCAACCCAGUGAGAUGACUGGCGAGUCUCUGCUUGACAAGAACCUUAAGAGAGGCACUCAGUAA